AUGCCGAAGUAUGAAAAGUUCAUGAAAGAUAUUCUUACAAAGAAGAAGAAGAAUUACGCCGAGCCCGAAACCGUCAUUCUUGAUGCGAAGUGUAGUGCAAUUAUUCAAACUACCUUACCAAGAAAAGAGAAUGAUCCCGGUAGAGUCACUUUGUCGGUUACUAUUGGUGAUAUUCAUGUGGGAAGAGGUUUAGUUGAUUUGGGUUCAAGUAUCAAUCUUAUUCCAUUGUCCAUGGUUGACAAAUUCUUGUUUCCCGUUGAUUUUGUUGUGAUCGACAUGGAGGAAGAUAUUGAUACACCAUUGAUUCUUGGACGAACUUUUAUGAAGACGGCAAGGAUGAUGAUUGAUAUUGACGAUGGUUUAAUGAAGGAAGUUAUCAUGCAAGUUGAAAUUCAAGUUCAUUUGUUCAACCCUCUCGAGAAAACAUUGACGGAAGCUCUUGAUGUUUUUAAUGAAGACGAAGAAAAAGAGGUUGAAGAAUGUUUGCAAGAUCUUGAUGUAUCCGAAGAGAUAAGUCCCUUUGAAGCAAAGAUGGAAGAGUUGAAAGAUGAGCCAAAGGUGGAUGAAGCAAAGUUAGAAUUGAAAAUGCUACCAUCUCACUUGAAAUAUGCUUUUCUUGAAGAAGGUGGAAAGAAGCCGGUGAUAAUUUACGGUUCAUUGUCAAACAAGGAGGAAUAUAAGUUAAUUCAUGUGUUAUAG